UUUCACUGGGUGAAAUCUUUCUAAAAGAGAGAGAAGGGCACAGACAUUUCUCCACUUAGAUAAAGGAGUAGCACUGAAGCGACACUGGCCCCAGCUAUGGAAUAUCAGCCUUUGAUACACAAGAGAAGUGGAAGCCGGCUUCCAAUCAGCAAACUUUUUGGGGCCAUAUGCGCAGUAGGAAUAGGAGGAACUUUCCAGUAUGGAUAUAAUCUAUCAAUUAUCAAUGCACCUACAACACAUAUACAAAAGUUUAUCAAUGAUACCUGGUAUGCACGGUACGAGUCCCAAUUGGAUGAAAGUCUGUUGACGCUUAUUUGGUCAAUUAUUGCUUCAGUGUUUACACUUGGGGGCCUUGUUGGAACACUUGUAGGUGGACACGCAGCAGCAAAGUUUGGUAGGAAGCAGACUUUAUUGGUGAAUAAUGUUGUAGCAAUUCUAGCUGCUCUUUUCAUGGGAAUUGCAAAACCAGCCAGAUUAUACGAGCUUCUGAUAGUUGGGAGAUUCCUUAUAGGAUUUAAUGCAGGUGUUGGUAUCUGUGUGCAGCCAUUGUAUCUUGGAGAAAUUGCUCCCAAGAACAUCAGAGGCCUUGCAACAGUGGGCAUUAAUAUUUUCUUAACUGGUGGAAUCCUGACAGGACAAGUUAUUGGUUUACGGGAAGUACUUGGCCGUGAGAACACCUGGUCUUUAUUGCUGGCGUCCACUGCAAUACCGGCUCUUCUACAACUAAUUGUCUUGCCGUUCUUCCCGGAGAGUCCCAGAUACCUUUUCAUUGACAGACAUGAUGAAUUUCAAUGUCAAAAAGCAUUGAAAACCUUAUAUGGUUCAAACCAUUAUCAGAUGGAGAUGGAUGAUAUACAAAAAGAAUCACAAGCUUCAAAUGGUGAGAAACCAAAAAAGAUGCUUGAGUUGUUCUUCGAUCGGACCAUAAAGUGGCAGCUUAUAUGUGUUAUCAUCGUCAACAUGGGACAGCAGCUUUGUGGGAUCAAUGCAAUCUAUUUUUAUGCAGAAUACGUAUUUAAAAAUGCUGGGAUACCCGAACAAAACAUUCCAUAUGUUACACUGGGAACUGGAGUCUGUGAAUGUAUCACAGCUCUAACAUGUGGGCUACUCAUAGAUAGAGCUGGAAGAAGAGUCCUUAUCAUUGGAGGAUACACUAUGAUGGCAUUUUGGUGUAUUUUAAUGACUAUAACCCUGACAUUUCAGGAUGCCUAUUCAUGGGUGCCGUAUUUAAGCAUGUCUGCAGUGCUUGCAUUUAUAUUGAGCUUCGGUCUAGGGCCAGGUGGCGUUACAAAUACCUUAACUGCAGAAUUGUUUACACAAUCAGCACGAGCUGGAGCAUUCAUGAUUGGUGGAUCUGUAAACUGGAUCAGCUUUUUUGUUAUAGGAAUGGUGUUCCCUUUCAUAGUAAAAGGGUUAAAUCAGUUUUGCUUCCUGUUUUUCCUCGUGGUGUGCAUCUUAAUAGCCACUUUUAUUUACUUCAUUGUACCAGAAACCAAGAACAAAUCAUUCCUCGAUAUCAAAGAUGACUUUCAGAAACUGAACUUUGGUCAGGGGCACGAGAAUUCCCAAGUGAUAGCAGAUGCCAUGAUGUGACAUUUGUUCUUAGAUACAUUAAAGAAUAUUAAGAAACACUC